AGUGAGUCGAGUUGAGUUGUGUGUGACGACCACACCGCCGAAACUUUUCUUUUCUACCCUUUUUCUUUUUGCCCCGCUAUUUGAUUACCAUAACCAUAACCAACCCCACCAACACCACAACCACAACCACCCUUCAACUGAACUGAGCAUUCUCUUUUGUCAGCAACUUCUCUCUCUCAGGACAGGAUAGAACGGCAAUUCGCGAGAUCGCCCCCCAGACAGACAGUACAGUACACAGGAACGGGACAAACAAACAACCAACCACACAACAUGGCGCCUCCUACCGCCACCACGAAAAAGUGGAUCGACAAGAAAAACGCGAGCACCUUCCAAGUGCGCUACCGCUCACAAGAAGACCCAUUGAUCCACGACGACACCGCGACGCCCUUCGUUCUGCACGAGGUCGAUGCGCCGAACGCGAACAAGGGCUCUAGCGGCGCCAGCGGCUCCUCCUCCAGCAAAGUCAAGAGCGCAUACGACCUCGCGGCGGAGCUCGGCAUCGAUGCUUCCACGGUGCGCGCGAACGAGGGCGAGGCGGCGAUGCACGGCAUCUACUACGACGACACGACGUACGACUACAUGCAGCACAUGCGGGACAUUGGGGGGAGUGCGGGGGAGGCGAUCUUUAUCGACGCGGCGCAGGCGGGGAGUAAGCAGCGCAAGGACAAGAAGAAGCAUAACAAGCAGUCGCUCGACCAGGCGAUCAUGAUGGAGGUCGAGCCGAAGAGCAAGGUCGUGCUCAUCCCGAAGGAACUCCUGCCCAGUGAGAACCUCGUCAAGCGCACCUAUCAGGAUAUGCAGGAUAUUCCGGACGCGAUUGCGGGGUUUCAGCCGGAUAUGGAUCCAAGGCUCAGGGAGGUCCUAGAGGCUCUAGAGGAUGAGGCCUAUGUUGACGACGAUGAGGAUAUCUUUGCGCAGCUGGCUGAGGGCGGCGAGGCCGAUGAGGAGGACUUUCUGGAUCAGGACUUUGAGGACGAGGACGACGACGGCUGGCAGAGCGACACCACCGAGAAAGCCGUUGUCCUGCCGUCCACCGCUCUCUCCACAGCCACAGCCACAGCCACCACUGCCGAAGCCGCCGCGGCCACUGCGGAGCCACCUGUCGAGGGCGAGCCAGCCGCCGAAGGCAACGCAGACUGGAUGCGCGAGUUCUCCAAAUAUAAGAAAGCGCAGAAGAAGGAGAAAGGGACGAAGGCCGACGACGACGCGGCAUCCUCUCUCGCGGACACGAUGAGCUUCGGCGGGUCCUCAGCGAUGACAGCCGGCACCGUCUCGGUAUCCGGCCGUCGCCGCCGCCGCCGCGAAAAGAAGAAUGGCGGGGCUAAGACCGCCACGUCCGGGUACUCCAUGAGCAGCUCGGCACUGUUCCGCACUGAGGGGCUCACGCUGCUCGAUGACCGCUUCGAUCGGAUUGAGGAGGAAUACAACAACGACGCCUCAGACUCAGGCUCGGACGCGGAAGAGCGCAGGAAUGGACCCGUCCCCGAGACGCGCAGGGACUUUGACGCGAUCAUGGAUGAGUUCCUGGGAGGGUAUACCAUGACGGGCGCACGCCCGAAGACUCAUCGUAUUAGACGCGGGAAGUAUCAGACUGGAUUGGAUCAGCUGGAUGAGAUUCGGAGGGAUUUGGCGACGGCGAGACUUUCUUAGAGGGUAUGCGGGACGGAACUGCGGGGUUUGGUACUGGUGAUAUAUAAAGGGGUUUGGAGUUGGGGUUGCGGAUUGAGAUUCGGAUUCGGAUUGGGACUUGUUUUUAAAACGGGAAAAGUUUGGGCUUGGGUUUGGUUUUUUGUCUCUUAGAGAGGAAAGGCGAAAUAGAUGUCGUGCGAGUGAUUGUCAACACAUCACAUCACGGGCUUGCACCCAUUCAUCAGAG